CUCCAUUCAGGCUGGGGGGCCUCCCAUAGACGUUGGCGCUUAGCUGAUGACGAAAUGCUAACCAAUCACCUUCUACACCCGGCCCUCACCGAUCGACAAAAUCUGACAGAGUAACUUUUGUUAAAAUUAAGCUCUACGUGAUUCUCACCUCACCAGCGUCCACCUAACUAUGUACCAGGACGCGGGCGGAAGAAAGCAGCAAAGUAGUGACGUUAUUAGUACGCGCCGACUUGAGCAGGCACGGUAAAGGUCCUCGCGAAGAACUCGCACAUGUCUUUGUGACAACUUUCAAGGCACUUGAACAGGAGGUUAAGAGAACAUGAAGAGACCCAACAUUUUGUUCACGGGUACGCCUGGUGUUGGGAAAACUACCCUAGGCAAUGAGAUUGCUGCAAGAAUAGAUUUUACUUACAUUAAUGUGGGUGAUUUGGCCAAAGAAGGGCAACUAUAUGAAGGCUUUGAUGAGGAAUAUGAAUGCCCAGUUUUAGAUGAAGACAGGGUAAUUGAUGAACUGGAAGAUAAGAUGAGUCAUGGUGGUGUAAUAGUUGAUUAUCACAGCUGUGACUUCUUUCCUGAGCGUUGGUUUAAUAUAGUGUUUGUGCUUCGAACUGAAAACUCAAUCUUGUAUAACAGAUUGGAAAGCAGGGGAUACAAAGGAAAAAAGCUUCAAGACAACAUUCAGUGUGAAAUUUUUCAAACUAUUUAUGAAGAAGCCAUGUCAUCCUAUAAGGAAGAAAUUGUUCAUCAGCUGCCCAGCAACACUCCAGAAGACAUGGAGCAGAAUUUAGAUCAGAUUAUACAGUGGAUUGAACAGUGGAUGAAAGACAACAACUAACAUUUGAAUACAUAACAUUAAAAGACCAGUCAGUCAUAAAAAUAACUUUUUCAAUAGCAUUGACUGACUGAUUCUUGUAUAGUAAGCUACACUUGCUGUUUUAGUCACUGAGGAAACAGUAACAGUUACUUUUCUGGGAAAAUAAAACCAAAGACUAUUGCGGUUCAUCAGAUUUAUGUUACCCAGCUGGACUCACUGCAGAAAGUGGACAUAAAUUAUAGAUUAAGACACUAUAAAAAACCUGAAAUUCUAAUUGGGUAUCUAAUACUGACUUUGAAGGUAUAUUUGAAAAGGUGAAUAAUAAACAUAAGUGCAUUGAC